AUGUCUUGCAGAAGGGCUACACCCUCCUUGACCAGGCGAGACAUUUUCUUGCAAGGUCAAUUGCCUGAUUGGCUUGUGCGUCUGGCAAUUCGUAUGUUAUGCCGCCAAAGAUUGCGCGAGAUCGACCUAGGCUCAUUUGAAGCCAAUCAUGCUGCGAAAAUGGAUUGGAUCGAGCAAGUGCGGGCCAGGAGCUCUAUCGCUGAUCUCACUCAUAAAGCUAAUGAACAACACUACGAGGUCCCGACUGAGUUCAUGCUGCGUUGUCUUGGCCCAAAUGCAAAGUACUCCUCCUGCUUGUACCCGAUGGGAGAUGAAUCUCUGGAAACAGCCGAAUUGCUUAUGCUGGAGAGCUACUGUGAAAAGGCUCAGCUGAGAGACGGCAUAGAAAUCCUUGAUCUCGGAUGUGGGUGGGGCAGCCUCACGCUGUACCUUGCUGCGAAGUACCCGAAGGCACACAUUACCGCCUUGUCCAAUUCUGCUACGCAGAAGGCCUACAUCGACUCUAAAGCCAAGGCAAGGGAUUUGCACAAUGUACAUGUCAUCACGGCGGACAUAAACGAGUUCAAUUUCCCUGAUUCUAAGCAGUUUGAUCGAAUUAUGUCUGUCGAAAUGCUCGAGCACAUGAAAAAUUACAAAAUGCUGAUGGCCAAGGUCGCUUCUUGGCUGAAACCGCACUUGGAUGCGCUUUUCUUUGUGCAUAUAUUCUGUCACAGAACAACACCAUAUCAUUUCGAGGAGGGUGAUGGCUGGAUGGCGAAGAAUUUCUUUUCUGGGGGAACGAUGCCGUCGCAUGAUCUUCUGUUAUACUUCCAAGACGACCUCACCCUUGUACGCAGCUGGUAUUUGAACGGGCGGCAUUACGCUAAGACAUGCGAAGACUGGCUCAAGCUUCAGGACUUGCACGAAUCAGGUAGUAUCGCGCUACUCGAGGUGGACGCCGAGAGCAAGGGAAUACAAGCGGGAGAAGGUAGGAAGGCGUUCUACCGAUGGAGAGUGUUCUACAUGGCGUGCGCAGAGCUGUUUGCCAUGAACAAUGGACAAGAGUGGGGCGUCGGCCACUAUUUAUUCAAGAGGAAGUAG